AUGUGUGGUACCGGAGCUAAUCCGCUUCCGCCGAGACUCCUCUCCGCUCUCCACGAACCUAGAGCAGGCGCACCCGAGAGCGAAAAGAGAGAACCGAGAGAGAGAGAGAGAGAGAGAGAGAGAGAGAGUUUGAAGGAAGAGAUGACGGUGAGGAUAGAAGAGGUGCAGUCGACGACGAAGAAGCAGAGAAUAGCUACUCAUACCCACAUCAAAGGCCUUGGUCUCGAGGCAAAUGGGAGAGCGAUUCCCAUGGCUGCUGGAUUUGUGGGCCAGGUUGGGGCCAGAGAAGCUGCUGGCCUUGUCGUUGAUAUGAUACGACAGAAGAAGAUGGCGGGCCGGGCACUUCUACUCGCGGGGCCUCCCGGGACCGGGAAGACUGCAUUGGCUCUCGGUAUAUCUCAGGAGCUCGGAAGCAAGGUUCCCUUCUGCCCGAUGGUGGGUUCAGAAGUAUACUCGUCAGAAGUAAAGAAAACAGAAGUCCUUAUGGAAAAUUUUCGAAGGGCUAUUGGCCUACGUAUCAAGGAAAAUAAGGAAGUUUAUGAAGGAGAGGUAACUGAACUCUCGCCAGAAGAAACUGAGAGUACGACAGGUGGCUAUGGGAAAAGUAUUAGUCAUGUAAUUAUUGGACUUAAGACAAUCAAGGGAACUAAGCAGCUGAAGUUGGAUCCAACCAUCUACGAUGCUUUAAUUAAGGAAAAGGUUGCUGUUGGUGAUGUUAUAUACAUUGAGGCAAAUAGUGGUGCAGUCAAAAGAGUAGGUAGAAGUGAUGCUUUUGCCACGGAAUUCGAUCUUGAGGCAGAAGAGUAUGUUCCACUUCCCAAAGGAGAGGUUCACAAGAAGAAGGAGAUUGUGCAGGAUGUUACACUCCAUGAUUUGGAUGCUGCAAAUGCUCGCCCACAAGGAGGGCAAGAUAUAUUAUCGCUCAUGGGCCAGAUGAUGAAACCCAGGAAGACUGAAAUUACUGAAAAGCUACGACAAGAAAUUAACAAGGUUGUUAACAGAUAUAUCGAUGAAGGGGUAGCAGAGCUUGUCCCUGGAGUCCUAUUCAUUGAUGAGGUUCACAUGCUCGAUAUGGAAUGCUUUUCAUACCUUAACCGCGCCCUAGAAAGCUCACUAUCACCAAUAGUAAUUUUUGCUACGAACAGAGGAAUAUGCAAUGUCAGGGGAACUGAUAUGAGCAGUCCACAUGGCAUACCUGUUGACCUGUUAGACCGUCUUGUGAUUAUACGGACAGAAACUUACGGUCCAGCUGACAUGAUACAGAUAUUGGCAAUCCGCGCCCAGGUUGAGGAACUGGUCAUUGAUGAAGAGAGUCUUGCUUACCUAGGAGAGAUGGGGCAACAGGCAUCUUUAAGGCAUGCAGUUCAGCUGUUAGCACCUGCCAGCAUUGUGGCUAAAAUGAACGGUAGAGAUAACAUCUGCAAGGCGGAUCUUGAGGAAGUGAGCAGUCUCUACCUGGAUGCAAAAUCUUCUGCUCGGCUUCUUCAAGAGCAGCAGGAAAGAUACAUCUCUUGAUUGAACCUUCUGCCCUUAAACACACGUCCUUUGCAACGCCCUUUGAAAACUACAAAGCAGAAAACAUAUCCGCUAUUCAUCAGUUCUCUGGUACUGUGUGGACGUGCUUUCCUGUAGACAUGCUGUUUAUUUUGCAGAGGUGAUAACAAAGUCGGGUUGUUGUAGUUUGGUCUGUUCUGCUGUUGUUCAUUCUAGCCGUUUUUAUUCUGUGGCUAUUUAUUUUGUUUCAAUUGGCUUCACAGAAGGGUUUUACAGAGCCACAAUAGAAGUAUUUAUGGAUUUUUUUGGGAUUUUCUGAGAUUGAGAGGCCUGCCCCUCUCUGUUAGUGGGUAGGAGAACUGAAGGAAUGCGAAAGAAGGCUGCCUCCUCUCUAAAUCUGGACUUGAGAUUUAAUUCAACUUGUUUUUCUAGA